CUGGGAUGGGAGCCAUUCAUUUAUUUAUAUAAUUAAAUUAAGACGCAAAAACGAAAGCCGGCCAAAGAAAGCAGUUUCCAGAGAGAGAGUAGCGAGGAGAAGAAGAAGACGAACAUAAGUACUAAUAGUUAUCAUAAUAAUAUUUCUGACUCUCCAUGAAGCGCAAGGAGUUCCACGAUAUUAUUGAUGAUGAUUUGUCUUUCCCUUCACGCUCCACAAAAGCUAUGAGACUGGAUGGUUGUCAAUUGCUAUCAAUCACGGAGGAGGAUCCAAGUAUUAGGGCUCCUUUGCGACUGGAAUAUCAACAGAGGCCCCUUCCAACUCCAACCACUAGUAAUGCCCCAUCUAUAGAUGCAAAUACAAUGCCUUCAUCCCAAGACAGGGCUAUCGUGCUUUAUAAUCCAUCCAGCACCCCUUUCUUCAAAUCUCCUACUUCGCCAGACUUCUCCAUCAUCAUCAAUUCCGACUUCUUUCCAGGUUUAAAGGAUUGUUUAUUUUGGCCCCAGGAUCCGGGUGCAGUGAAAUCAAUGUGGAAUAAAGUAACAGGCAACGGAAGCACUACAGAACCAAAUGACUGCUUGGCUGUUGUUCCCUGGGUUGCACCUCAACUUCUAUUAACCUCUGGAACGGAGACAGGAACCAUUGCCCCAUUGCAGCCAAUGGAAGCAGAAGAUGUGGAGGGUGAAAUGAUGGAUACAGACGACAACAGUGUAAGUACCAUAGUAGGGAAAGCUUUUCAGGAUGGUGAAAUGUUGGAAGGAGCUGAAGCAUUUGAGCUCUGGCAGCAACAGCAACAGAAACAGCACUGUUUGAUGCCACAGUUCUCUCAGAGCAUGUAUAACCCAGUUACUUGGUAACAAAUUGUUUAAGUUGCCGUAGCGUCUGAUUUUGUGGUAUAAGUUGAGGUGAUGUUAGAAUCUAAGCAGAUGCACAAAAUGGGAUUUUUGGUGAUCUUGAUUUGCCCUUCCAAACGACGUAUGCACAUAUAGGGGUCAUGGGCAACGAAUACCCUAAACAGGUUUAGAUGAUACCAUAGUCUUUUCUUAAGAUGAACUUUUGUAGAUUUCAUCUAAGGCUGAUAUUUUUCUGCUAGAUAAUUGUCUGUAUCAGCAUUCAGCAAUAUAUUACCUCUUAGGGUUCUGCUUCAGGGAUUAUGGAUUCUGACUAAUUGUAUUUGAAUUCAACUUGACAUUUUGUGGAAUCCGGUCGAGAUCAAGCGUUUAUAACGAAUGUUGGUUCUGGUUAGUCCGACUAGCCUAAACAGAAUCUUCAUCCCCUAUCGUUGAUCAACCAUCUUUUAACUUGAAUUCAAUAUUGACCAAAAUUUUAAAACAAAAGAAUCGCUGAAUUGCUCUGAUUAACCGAUAGAUUACGUUGAAAUAAGCUUCUCCCAAUCAAGUUUCCCAUACGAACAACCACGAAGGCUAAGUCGAGUGGUAGGAAAAACUCGAAGAAAGAGAAGGAAUGUGCUUAGGCUUACUAGACCAGCUUCAAGGAAUAAUCUCAGCAAGUCUGAAGAGCAAAAGCCAUGUUUAAUAUGCGAGCAGUUCAACACCCCCAUUGCCAUGGUGAUCACAAGGAGGCUGCCUGAAUUACUACUCGCAGUGGCAUACCCAAUCUUGACUCUUUAAAAAAAAAAAAAAAAGAUU